CGCGAACUGAUCAAACAGGCUUUAAAAAAGAGGCGCAAAAUUUGCUAAAACCCCCGAAGCAAGAAAAGAGUUGGAUUGCUGUGAGAAGUUCAUACCAAAACCCGACCCUUGAUCAUCAAAUCAAGAACAAAAUGAUGAGAACAAGGUUGCUUUGGUUCACCUUCGGAUUCGCAUCGGCCUCUGCUGUAAUCACUCACUUCGUCUUCAAAGAUAUUUGGUCCGAUCGCCAAUCUCUCUCUUGCCAAUUGAAGCAGAAGUUCGAUGCCCUAGACACCAGAGUCUCUAACCUUGAACCAGUCAUUCGUUCCAAUUCCACCCCCCAUCAGGAUGAAGGAAAUUUGAAUUGAAGCGCUACACAUCUCUGGAUGUAGCCUUUCUUUUGCUGGGAUCCUGAAGUUUUUGCAAUUUAUCAUUUGAAAGAUAGCAAUCUGUCGCUUAGUCAAUUUAGAAUUGCUUUUCUUGUUUCCAUAGGAUCAUGUACUUGCAGUCUCAUGAAAGCCACAUGGUUUUUACUUCAAAUGUUUCGGUUCUAAAAGGAUGUGCAGUUAUAUCUCAUAAUAAAUUAGGUUUCUAUUCUCAUCUCUGUUUUAGCAUCCAAGACAAGAUGCCUUCA